ACCCACAUUACGUUGAGGAUUCCUUCUUCUCUGUCUUUGUCUUUCUUUCUCUCUCUGUCUCUGUUCGCUUUUCCUCUGGCCGAAGCAAAAGAUGGACUCUAACGGUGUCGUUUCUUGGCCGAGGAUGCCGGAGAACAUGGACGCUUUCGCUCUCUCACCCGAACAAUCCCAAGAGGUUCAUGUUUUAGCCGUUGAUGACAGCCUCGUUGAUCGCAAGGUCAUCGAACGUUUACUCAAAGUCCUUGCUUGCAAAGUUACGGCUGUGGAUAGCGGGCUCAGAGCACUGCAAUUACUUGGACUAUUGGACGAGCAGAAAAUGGCUUCUGAAACUUUUGUUCAGGGUUUAAAGGUGGAUCUAAUUAUCACAGACUACUGUAUGCCAGGAAUGACCGGUUAUGAACUGCUCAAGAAAAUAAAGGAAUCGUCCACUUUUAAGGAAACUCCUGUGGUGAUUAUGUCUUCUGAAAACGUUUUGCCACGCAUAGACAGAUGUUUGGAGGAGGGUGCAGAGGAUUUCAUAGUGAAGCCAGUGAAGUUAUCUGACGUGAAACGUUUGAAGGAUUACAUGACAACGAAGGAGGUUAGGGGUGAAAGCCAAGACAGGGAAGGGAACAAUUACAAAAGGAAGCUACUAGACACCUCUGAUGUGUCACCAUCAUCACCACCGUCCAUUUCCUCAUCAACACUUCCAUCUUCACCCUCCGUGAUUGACUCUCCAAUCAGACGGCUUAAAAUGACCAGCACUGACUGAUACUCAAGCAAUUUGCGUUUUUCUUUUCUCAUUCCUCUAGGCACUACUGCUGCAAUAUUAAUUAAUGUCUAUCUCUAUGUUAGUAUAUAUAUAUUUUUUCUUUGGAUUUGUUGUUUUCGUCUUUGGGGUUCAAUCUGCAAUUCCUCCCCGUUAAUUGUGACGGUUUUUGUUGCGUUCCCCUCUUCUUAUCUUUUACUAAGUUAUUUUAAUUGUUUAUAUGAAGGUUGGUUAAUGGUUAA